ACGGCGUGGGGAAAGGUUAAUUUGACGGCGAAAGCCAUAACAAAGGGAGGGUUCGAGUCACUUUUCAGGCAGAUCUUCGGAACAGAGCCAAACGAGAGUCUGAAGAAAACUUUCGCAUGUUACCUCUCAACGACGACAGGACCUGUUGCUGGAACUAUCUAUCUCUCUAAUGCUCGUGUAGCUUUCUGCAGUGACCGUCCUCUCUUCUUCACAGCACCUUCUGGCCAAGGAGCUUGGAGCUACUACAGGGUGGUGGUACCGUUGGGGAAUGUUGCUACGGUGAAUCCGGUUGUGAUGAAGGAGACU